UCCGUUCCGUUGGAGUUGCUACCGGUCUUUGGCUCAAACCGCUUUAGAUCAAUGAAUUCGCGUACCAUACCCCACUCCAUGCUCACAGUGAGGCGCUGGACAGCUCCCGGUACCAGUGAGGCUGCAUGCCCCCUCUCAAGUCAUUCUGGGGAUUUUAACCAAAUUUCUUGGAACACCAAAAAGAGAUGGAGGAUUGACGAUUAGAGUUGUGGCUUCAUUUCACUUGGAAAGUAUCACAGUCUGCAUUUUGUUCCCAUUGCAUUCAGUUUUUGGAAAUCGGUUCCAUUUGUUCGGUGCUCAUGAAUUGAUCAGUGCGUGGUGUGUUGGACAAGUAAUUUUUUUCUAAUUGUGGACUGUCGCUUAAAAUAAAAGUGUGAAGCGCAAUCAUGGAUGGUCCAAUUGGAUGUAUUUGGCUGAAAAGACUAUCUGUACUUGCUUGGUUGUGCUUUAUUGCGGGAGCUGCAACAUCAUAUGGCGCCGAGUCAUCGCAAGCUUUCGUGGAGCUCAGCUUCGUCCAGGAGCCCCAGGACACGGUGACGGUCCGAGGCGGAGUCCUGCAGCUGGACUGCCAGGCCCAGUCGAACCAGGGCACCGCGCUCAUCAGCUGGAAGAAGGACGGCGUCCUGCUCAGCACGCUGGUGGACGAGAGGAGGCAAGAGAUGGCCAACGGGUCCCUGCUGGUCCAGAAUGUUCUCCAUUCGCGUCACCAUCGGCCGGACGAGGGCACCUACCAGUGUCUCGCCACGCUGGAGGGCCUAGGGGCCAUCGUCAGCAGGACGGCUAAGGUCACCGUGUCUGGUCCGUUGAAACUGGUGGUCCCGACGGAGUCGGUGUCGUCCUACCUGGGCGACACGGCCCUGCUCCGCUGCGAAGUGACGGGGGAGCCCAUGCCAGUGGUGCGCUGGCAGAAGAACAGGGAGGACCUCCCUUUGACCUUAACCCCCGAGACCCGUGUGGUGGUGCUGCCCUCCGGGUCACUGCAGGUCAGCAAGGUGCAGCCUCCCGACUCGGCCACCUACCGCUGUCUGGCAGACAACCCUGGCAGUGCCCGCACUGGCACAGAUGCAGAGCUACGUGUGUUGCCAGAGCCUGGCGUGAGCCGGACCCUGGCGUUCCUCCAGAGGCCCCUGAGAGCCACCGUCCUCCAGGGGAAGGAUGCCGUCCUGGAGUGCUCCGCCUCGGGCUUCCCCACCCCUGCCUUCCACUGGAUGAGAGGCAGUGAGAUCAUCCAGAGCAGGUCGAAGAAGUACGCUCUGCUGGGGGGGAGUAACUUGCUGAUCAGCAGUGUGACGGAUGACGACUCUGGCUCGUACAGCUGCGUGGCGCUCAACAAGAACGAGAACAUCACGGCGUCCUGCGAACUGUCUGUUCUGGUGCCACCCCAGUUCCUGAACUACCCCACCAACACGUACGCCUACGAGAGCACCGACAUCGAGCUGGAGUGCACGGUGACGGGGAACCCUGCGCCGGCCGUGCGCUGGAUGAAGAACGGGGAGGAGGUCAUCCCCAGCGACUACUUCCAGAUCGCUGAGGGCAGUAACCUGCAUAUCCUUGGUCUGGUGAAGUCAGAUGAGGGCUUCUACCAGUGUGUGGCCCAAAACGAGGCAGGCAACGCCCAGGCCAUGGCCCAGCUCAUCUUACGGGAGCCAGUUGUCCCCAGCUCAGGCGCCCUCCCCUCCGCUCCCCGUGACGUGGUCCCUGUCCUAGUGUCCAGCCGUUUUGUCCGCCUCAGCUGGAGCUACCCAGAGGAGAGUCGCGGAACCAUCCAGACCUACGGAGUCUACUAUUCCCAAGAGGGCGUGGACAGGGAGAGGUCUGUCAACGUGUCUGAACCGGAGAGCCACCACAUCACCGUCAGCAACCUGAGGCCCGAGGAGACCUACUCCUUCAGAGUGGUGGCCUACAACGAGAACGGCCCCGGAGACAGCUCAGCGCCCCUCAAACUCACCACAGAGGCUGACUUGCAGGUCCCGGGGCCUGUAGAGAACUUCCAAGGGGAGGUCAUCUCGCCCAGCACCAUACAAACCUCCUGGGACCCUCCUACCCAUGCCAAUGGCCCCAUCCUGGGCUACAGACUGCUGUGGACGGAGACCCCCUCUGGGAAGGAACAGAGCUUGGAGGUCAACGGACAGAGCUACAAAAUGGAGGGACUCAACAAGUUCACCGAGUACACGGUCCGCGUCGUGGCUGUGAAUCGCUACGGCCCCGGGGUCGCCACGGGGAACCUCAGAAUCACCACGUUGUCUGAUGUGCCCAGCGCCCCUCCUCAGAACAUCUCCGUGGAAGUGGUCCUCUCGAGAAGUAUUAAGGUAAGCUGGCAGCCUCCACCCCCCAACACCCAGAACGGCUUCAUCACUGGAUACAAGAUCCGUCUGCGGAAGACUGGUCGCCGUGGAGACCAGGAAGCCAUCGAACCCAACAAUUUCUGGUACCUGUUCACAGGCCUGGAGAAAGGCAGCCAGUACAGCUUCCAAGUGGCAGCCAUGACGACCAACGGCACGGGCACGGCCAGCGAGUGGUUCACCGCCGAGACGCCGGAGAAUGACCUUGAUGAGAGUCAAGUUCCCAACCAGCCCAGUUCCCUCCACGUGCGACCCCUCCCCAGCAGCAUCAUCAUGAGCUGGACCCCGCCCCUCAACCCCAACAUCCUGGUACGGGGCUACAUCAUUGGCUACGGCGUGGGAAGCCCCUACGCAGAGACUGUCAGGGUGGACAGCAAGCAGCGCUACUACUCCAUUGAAAACCUGGAACCCAGCUCCCACUAUGUCAUCUCCCUGAAGGCCUUCAACAACGCCGGGGAAGGGGUGCCACUCUAUGAGAGCGCUGUCACAAGGUCCAUCACAGAUACCUCCACCCCCAUGAUCCCUCCAGUAGGUGUCCAAGCCGUGGCUCUCACGCCCGACUCGGUGAGGGUCAGCUGGGCCGACAACUCCAUGUCCAAGAACCAGAAAUCGACGGAGGUGCGCUACUACUCUGUCAAGUGGAAAACCAGCUACUCCACCAGCGGGAAGUUCAAGUCGGCAGACACCACCGCUCUGAGCCACACCGUCACAGGCCUCAAGCCCAACACAAUGUACGAGUUUGCCGUCAUGGUGACCAAAGGGCGCAAGUCCAGCACGUGGAGCAUGACGGCGCACGCAACGACGUACGAAGCAGCACCCAGCUCCGCCCCCAAGGACCUGACGGUGAUCAGUCGCGAGGGGCGACCACGGACCAUUCUCAUCAGCUGGCAGCCCCCCAUGGAGGCCAACGGACGCAUCACAGGCUACAUCCUGUAUUUCACUCUGGACAAGAACAUGCCCAUAGAUGACUGGGUGAUGGAGUCCAUAACUGGAGACCGGCUCACGAACCAAGUAAUGGACCUCAACCUGGACACUGUCUAUUACUUCCGCCUUCAGGCCAAGAACGCUAAGGGCGUGGGCCCCCUUUCGGACCCCAUCCAGUUCAAGACCUCGAAAGUGGAACAUCCGGACAAGAUGGCCAACGACCAGGGUCGCCAUGGAGAUGGAGGCUACUGGCCCUCUGACAAUAACCCGAUUGAUAGGAGCAGUCUGAAUGACCCGCCGAUCGGGCAGAUGAGGCCGCCCCACGGGAGUGUCACUCCCCAGAAGAACAGCAACCUGCUGGUGAUCAUCAUCGUGUCCGUGGGAGCCGUUACCGUGGUCGUGGUCGUCAUCGUGGCGCUGAUCUGCACGCGGCGCUCCUCGGCCCAGCAGAGGAAGAAGCGAGCGUCGCACAGCGCGGGGAAGCGUAAGGGAAGCCAGAAGGACCUGCGUCCGCCCGACCUGUGGAUCCACCACGAGGAGAUGGAGCUCAAGAACAUCGAGAAGCCCUCCAGCGCCGCCCCGUCUGUUCGCGAUUCGCCCAUGCAGAGCUGCCAGGAGAUCACUCAAGUCAGUCACAGCCAAUCAGAGAGCCAGAUGGGCAGCAAAAGCAGCCAUUCGGCCGAUGGAGACGAAGCCUCGAGCGGCAUAUCGACCCUGGAGCGAUCCCUGGCUGCCCGGAGGGCCACUCGCACCAAGAUGAUGAUCCCCAUGGAGUCCCAGCCCGGCAACACGCCCGUGGUCAGUGCCAUUCCUGUUCCGACGUUGGAGAGCAGCCAGUACCCGGGCAUCCUCCCCUCGCCCACCUGUGGGUACACGCACAACAAGUUCACCCUGCGGCCCAUGCCCUUCCCCAGCCUGACCGUGGAGCGCAGCUACGCAGCAGCGCUGGGCAGCGAAGGAGCGGCGACCGCGGCCCUGCAGCAACAGCCGACCCUGAUCACCAGCACCAGCAGCAGCGGCGUCGGGGCUCAGCCGGGGGAACUGGCUGGCUCGGAGGAGGCCCCCAGUGGGCGCACCAUCCCCACCGCCUGUGUGCGGCCCACGCACCCGCUCCGCAGCUUCGCCAACCCCCUCCUGCCCCCGCCCAUGGGGACCAUCGACCCCAAGGUGUACACCUCCAUGAUGCCCCAGUCAAGUGCCAGUCUCCCCAAGCCCCAGGUGAAGACAGCCUCUCUCGGCCAGGCCGGCAAGGCCCGCUCACCUUUACUCCCGGUGUCCGUGCCGACCGCCCCAGAGUUGGCAGAGGAGGGCCAAAAGCAGCCGGAGGACGCCGCUAAUGUCUACGAGCAGGACGACUUGAGUGAACAAAUGGCUAGCCUGGAAGGACUGAUGAAACAGCUCAAUGCCAUCACCGGCUCUGCCUUUUAACAGCAGGCAGGCCUCAACAGACCCACCCAUCACUACAGCACAGCAGGCCUCAACAGACCCACCCAUCACUACAGCACAGCAGGCCUCAACAGACCCACCCAUCACUACAGCACAGCAGGACUCCCUCAGGGGACUGGCAUGGAGACAGGGAGCGGGAGGGGGGUAGGUCAAGGUGCCAGGACCUUCAUGGAGCCUUCCCACCCUCCACCCACACCCCCCGAACACACACCACAAAACCUCUCGCCUGAAAGGAGACACGAGACGACGACAAAAAUAUUUUCAUAUUCCCCCACGCAUUGACUUCCCUUUAAGCCGUCCCUUUUUUCGAUGUCCGUCGACAUGGCCACGGUUCGCUUUUUUGGGGGUUUACUUUCUGUUGUUUUUGAUGACUGGGGUUUUGAGGACGCGUGUGUGUGACAACUGGACCUACUGUGUGGACCGUUGCCUCAGCCACCAAAGGUUCCCUGGACCCGAGUUGCCUGGCGACGGGAUGUAGCCAAACCUGUUUGUUUACACCCACUUCCCUUAUCGAUGAGUCGACGGCUACAGCCGCCACGUUUUCUGCUCCCCCCCCCCGCAAGCCAGGAUCCACUGUCGCGCCCAACUGUGACUGUUCCUCCUCGUUCUAGCCCAUUGUCUCUUGUUGCUGCUCAGCCAAACCGCCUCCCUGACUGUGUGCUAGCCUUUCUCCCACCAGAGGACACGACGUGUUGGUGUUGCCAAACGGACCUUGCGAAAACUGAAAAAUACAAAAAAUACACACACACGUAACCGACCUUUUUGUUCCCGUUAAAGUGUGUGGCCUCAGUCCUACUGUGAAUCACCGAGCAUCUGGCGAUGUAGGGGUGGGAAGGCUUCGAAAGGAAGAUAUCACUCCGCUCCUCUGGACAAUCUGUAGUUUCACCCCCCCCCCCCCCCCAUCGAGACCGCGGGCGUUUAAUACAGCGCGGUCACUACCACUGCAUCGAACCUGUGCAUUGAAGCCCGAGUUAUUUUUCUUAUAGUUUGAUGACGAAAGUGAUGGUGAGAAUGAGGAUUAAGAUGAGGACUCCACUCGCAGUCAUUUCACGAAAAACAUGUACCUCACUUUGCAUUCACAGAGUGCAGGGGUCGAUUUUUAUAUAAAAAAAUCAAUGCAUAUUCCAUAUAGUAUAUUUUUACAUCAGUCUUGUCAAAACUGUUUUGUUUUUUGUUUUUUUCAUACGUGCUGCCAUGUCCGCUAUGCAUCACUAAAGACCCAGCACACAACCUCAAGCCUUUCCAACAAAGCAAGACAUGCAUACACGAAAACAUGUACAAAUAAUUGAUCUUACAUACGAUGCAUCGAUAUUCUGCUAUUUGACUCUUGAACCCUGAUAUUUGCUAUUAGCUGGUCUCUGUUUUCCUUUGAACAUGGGCUGUCAGGAGAGGGCUCUGCAUUGUUAUUCAGAGGAGAUGGGGUAACCAUAACAGGGGAUAAUGUAGUGAAUUUAUUCAAUUGUUCCCAAUAUUGGAAUUCAGAGGCACGCUCCAAGAUAACACCAGGAAAAUGACUAAGAAAGCUGAAUAUGUUGGGGUUUUAUUUUGUUAAUGCCUACACAUGCCCUCAGAGUCAAAGAUCAGUCACCCCCCCAAUGUUAAUACAUAGAUCAUUCCGGUUCCUCAUAAGACUGUGCUUUCGUGACGCCUUUUUUUCCUUUGGCUUCUUUGUUUUUUUUUCUUCUCAUCGUCGUUUCGGUUUCUGUCCGUUUGUCCACAUGGCUCUUUUGUUGGAAAGAAAUAAGAGACGUUUUAUGUGCCUAUAUUUUUUCAGUUGUGUACCUUUUUUUGCUUUGGUCACUUUAUUUGAGGUUUGUGUUGAAAUGUAAAACAUGCUUUCGUUUCUUUUGCCUCACCCUAGAUGCAGGGUACAGAUGAGCUCUCAUGUUCUGUGAAGAGGGGCAGACGUUGCUCUAUAUUUUCUGGUAUGCUGUAUGUGUAUUUUUACCUGGGGAAAGAAUCUCUACAGCAAGAUGUGAUGAAUUGCUGUUUUUUUAUUGUACAGUACCGUCGAGCAAUUGAAGUAUAAAUUGCUUGUUAACACUUUGAGGGGGGAGGGGGGGGGGGGGGGGUACUUUUUAGGGGAAAAAAAUAAUAUAUUAUUUACUGUCCUCCUCUGAUUAUUAUUUAUGAUGACAAUGUGAUCAUUUCGAAAAUCUAGUUAAGUUUAGGGAAAAAAACAUACUUGUGGGCCCUGUCAAGUCUGUAAGUUCUGUUUCUACAUAUAAUGCACUCUCCUUUGGGGCUCUCUUCAACAGUGUCCCAUCUCUGCAAACACGGUCACACACACAAGAUUUUUGGCAACAUUUUCCGUUAAGGUUUUACAUUAACGACCAAGUAACUACAUAGCAUACUUAGUGUAAGUGUCAGGGCUAAGGGGUGUGGAUAAGGUACAGUUGAAGAUUGUGUGACCAAAACAAGAUCAAGGUUUAUAUUUACCAGUGUCAUUACUCGUACAACAACAAAAACAUGAUGAACCCUCAUUACAUAACAGUUCCUUUGUAACUACAACAUCGUUACUCUAGGCAUCGCCUUGUAGUUACACGUUGGUUAGUAGAACCUUAAUGUAAAGGGUUGCCACCUUUUCUUAAUCACCAUUUCCACAUAUAAGAGGUUGUGAAACAACACAAACCUUCUUACAGGUAAAUAGGAUUUAUUGUCUUUAAUUGUCUCUGUUAAUGACAGUUGGACAGAGAAACUAAAGAGAUAAUAAAAGUGAGACUGGUGCGAACGCCUGCUUUGAGAAGGCCCUUACCAACUCUUCACAAUACUCAUCUCCCUCCAACCCGAACUAAAUAGUGCAUUUGUUGCAAGCCUGUGCACACCCUGUCAAUGGUGCAGUGGUCUGGCUGGGAAGUUCCCAAAGCUGAAACAGUACGGGUGUGAGUCCCGAAGCAAGGCCUACUAAUGGGGUCCAAACAAAGGCAGAUGUCACGGAACUGCCUCGUGACAGACCACCCGAGAGAGUUGCCCCCCCCCUCCAUGCUUGUUUAGCGACUCUAUAUUAAGCAUACAUCUAGUUUGUCCAAAAACUCUCCUUUUGAAAGCCACUUGGAUUGAGUUUUGGGCGAUGCAACUCAGUACCAGAGAACGAAUGGCUCUGUGGUAGUCGUGAGAAAAGGAGAGGGGCUUCUUCUUCCGUGGGCUAUUGGAGCAUUGAACCCACAGGGUGACUCAAGGUGACUUUGAGGCUGCCAAAUGUGCUGAUGAGACAGUGUUUGAGAUAAUGGGAUAUUGGGUUUUACUAAUGAACUAUCAGUGUGCCAUGACAAGGAUGGGAGCCCUCCAACGUGGACAAUUGCCCAAUAUGGAUUACGCUAUGGUUAUGUUGUUUAUAAAGAGACCGUUUCUCGACUGUCGAACAACCCUUGAAGCUCCAAAGUGAAGUCGAAUCUUUCAGCAAACUUCUCUCUCCAAGACUUCUUCGGCAGGAAUUUUCACUUUUGCGUUGGCCAUGCAGUGCCAGACACGUGUGCAUCUGAGGUCAAUCAUUCUGAAAUGAAGUACACAACCCUUCAGCUAGGUUAAUGUCCUGUAUCCAGCCAUGUUGUCCAGGAAGUGUUUGACCCCCCCCCCCCCCCCCCCCCAACUAGUGUCCAACAGACGUUGGGGCGUGGUGCUGGUAAAGAGACUAACACUGCAUACUAAAUGCCUUUUUCCUUCUACCGCACACUUUUUUGGGGGGGUGUUCCAAAUGUACGGAAGGAUAGAGUUCAUCAGCACAGGCCCAUUCUGCGUUUUAGGGUCGGCGUUUGAGGCUGUGCAAGAGAGUGUACGGAUGCACACUUGAAGGGAAAGGUUGUUUUAUGAGGGAAGGAUGACGUAAGGAAUAUCAAACGCUCCUACUCCAACACAGUCUUACUGUUGUACUCAUAAAGGGAAUCCACUCGUUUUUUUCUUUUCAAAUCUCCCAUCAACAUAAGGGUUCAAAGGGAAACGUAGUUCACAAGAGAAUUAAGGCGUGUCAACUGUUUACUGACAGUAGAAGUGAUGUCAAUAUCAGUCAGUAUUCCAUGCUAUCAGCUGUGUAGAUCCUACGACAUGCCUCAGUCAAACUCAAACGAAUAGCGCAGGCACCAUUGAAAAUGGAGACAGACUGGUGUGUAUGUCACGACCCUGGCCCACUCUCUCCUUCAUAGAUGACAUUGACAGACAGUUGAACAAUGGACAGGAGUCCUGAGUAUAUGUAACUUUGAAUUGAUCCUUAAAUUGUCACAUUUUAGAGUUGUUAACUAAACUAGAUUAGUGAUUGCAAUAUUAAAGUGUACAUUUUGUUUAUUUGAGUGAAAGGGAAGAUGUUGCAUACCUUAAAAAUAUGAAAAUCUGGCUGUUUCUACCCACAAUGUUGUAUACAAUUGCUGGUUUUGUAAUGCACUGUAGAGCAGUCCAAUGUUCCUUUUUUAUAGAAAUGUUAUUUCAAUGGUGCAUUCUUUUCAUUUGAUAAUUAAAGUUUUGAU